AUGAAUCUUAGCAGCAAUGGCAACAACAGCCUGCGGACAAUAGACAUCAAUUUGGAAUUUUUUUCUAAUGGAAAGGGGUUUUACCUGCCGCGACCACAACAGACUUUAGGAGGCAAAACAGAACAACAGAUGGCACGGCAGGUGGCAAGCGGCAGGUCUGACACUUCCACUCAGCUGAAUUAUGAUGAGGUGCGAAGGGGUUUGCAGAAUGCGUUAUCGCGCGUUGAGCUUCUUUGUGACAACAGCGCAGAGGGGCGUCGUCAGCUUCUUCAGCAUGAGCUUUUACGCCUUUUCCUUUCUGCCUCUGAGGAGACUAGGGAAAGAUUGGAGUUUGUUCUUAGUGAUGCUCCAUUGAGCUACCGCGUACUGGAGGUUUUGUACCUUCGACGCCGUGAACUCUGCACGGGUUUUGAGUAUGCCUUGAGUGAUUUUAAAUGUUGGCUCUCGCUUGCAAUGCUUUUGGACGAGCCAGAUUUUAUUCAGUUUAUGAUGCAGUAUGCGCAGGAGUUGGGCCCAUGCUCGAGACAGAGGCUGGAGGAUGUCAUGUUUGUUCAUGAAUCGAGCGCUAAAUCGCUCUGUCAUGCGGUGCUUGGCAUACGUGCACCCGGAGACGGUGCAGUUCCAUUUGAUUUUCGUUACUAUAACUUCAUGCUGGACGACUUGAUUGCGAUGGGAGAUGAGCCCCCGCAUGCUUCACUGAUCUCGUCGGUCCAACGUGAGGUGACGCUUUCGAUGCGUGAGCUUCACGCGGAAUGGCUGCUUCAAGUCACCAUGGCGUUGAAUUUGAAGUUGGAGACAUUCUUCCUCGCUGUGGCUAUUGUUGACCGUUAUUUGGCAAAGGUUGCGGUAAAGCGUGAGCGACUUCACCUUGUGGGUUGUGCCGCAUUACUGCUGGCAUCGAAGCAGGAGGAGAUUUUUCCGGCUUCACUUCACGCAUUAGUCCGUUACGGUGCAGACCACUUUACAGUUGAGAUGUUGGUCGCUACGGAGUGCCAACUGUUUGCCCAAGUUGGAUUUGAUGUGGUCUUGCCAACGCUCAGUGCGGUGGGUAUGGGGAUUCUUCUGCAGCAAGACACCGCUCCAAUUGAGGCGCAGCGCAGUUGUCUUCUGUACGUGCUUGCUACUCUGGCUAUUCGCACGCAUUAUCGACAGUACAAACUCUCUUCACUUGCCGCAGCCGCUGUUUACAUGAGCCGUGUAUGCUUCGAUAUCCCAACCGGACGACCGUGUGAGGAAGUGCUGUCGCUCCUACCGCUGAUAAGGGCUGCAUUGAGUCGCAAUCCAGCCGUGGGAUCCGGAGGCGUGCACGAUAUCUUUUCCAGAGGCGUCUACCACGAGGUGAGCAAGUUGAAACUGUCAGAGUUGAUAGGAACUGAGGACUGCGAGGGCAAUUAG